UUUCUUGGUCUUUUUGAUCAUCAUUCUGAAAAUAAAAUUCAAGUUUGCUAGCUUUCAAGAAUCUGAUAACUUGGGUGUUGUUGAUUUCACAUUCAGCAAUUUCUUCUCAGUGUUGUUCAUCAGCGAUCAGAUUCCCUUUUCACUUGGAAGUUGUUGCUUUCAAAUCAAUCCAACAUGUCUGCUCGUUUCAGGAAAGUGACAGAUUGGCCGGAAACACUGGAACCAGCCAUACCAACACCGGAACCAACAGAAAAUCCCGACGAAUGGAUCACCUGUAAUCACUGCUCUCAACGCUUUAUUAGCAGCCAAAAUAUUCGAGGUGUUGUUGUCCAAGCCAGGGAUCCCAGUGCUAGCUACUAUGUGGCUGAGGACGUUGCCAAUAUAUUCCAUCUAGACGAUGUAGUACAUCUAGGUUAUAAAAGGAUUAGAGCUGAGAAUCAGGAGACUGAUUUGACUUUGGCCCGAGUCUAUUGUUCUACAUGCAGACUACCUGCUGGCUGGAAAGUUCUUCAGCGGAGCGAAAGCCACCCUAUUGUCCAUGGAGACGACUUUUUGCUUUAUGUUCCUCCUCCUCCUCUUCCUCCUCCUUUUCUGUAUGUUCCUCCUCCUCUUCGUCCUUCUGAGUCAUAA